AAUCAGAGGGACGAAGCGACCCAUUGCUCAGUUGAUUUUACGCUUCGACCGCAGUCGAACGUCCAUGACUGGAUCAUUUUACGUUUGGUUUUUCUCGCAAGCAUCUUGAACCACACGUCUCUCACUCGCCGGAUUAUAUUGCAGUUGUUUUUCGUUUUUUAUUGUUUGCGUUUUUUUUUGCGAAUUGACUGUUACAUCCAACGUUGGCGAUCGAUCAUUUUGGCCAUCAACCACGUGGAAUUUUGGCGCCAUCCCAGAAGAAAACAAAAAGGCCUCCGGACCGGAUUUGUUUAAAGAUACGCCCCAAUGGCACGUUAAGGAGUGUGUCAGCGUUCGUCUUGUUUCAACCGCACCCAACGCGCGCCAAAGAGUUUUGGUCUUUUGAAAUCACGGAAAGAAUCGAAAUGAUGGCGGAUAUGGGGACCGCUAUUCGAUUGCUCGUGACGACCUUGACCAUGGCGACGAUACUCGACUUAUCUUUGGCUAUUGAACAUCAUCAUCGAAGCGAUGAACACGAUUUCCGUCAGCCCAGUCAGCGCGAUUUGCAACAGUCGAUGGUUUGGUUCAACCACACCGGCGCCCGUACUUAUUCUUCAUUGGUGUUCGACGUGACGCGAGGUCAACUGAUCGUGGCCGCCAGGGACUAUCUGUUCCGUUUGAGUUUGGACGGGCUGGCUCUGCUGGAAGAAUCGCCUUGGCCAGCCGCCGACGAAGUGGUCCGUCUCUGUCAAGACAAGGGCCAGUCAGAGGACGACUGUCACAACUACAUCCGCGUUCUGCACGUUCACGGUGAGCGAAUUCUUGCGUGCGGGACCAACGCCUUCUCGCCGCGCUGCUCCUGGCGGCCAGUUGAAGCCAUCGACGUCGUCUCGGAAUGGUCAUCGGGCGUUGCCAGAUGUCCGUACAGCCCGCACAGCCACAUUAGCAGUUUACUUUCAAGCGGGCCGGCAGGCACGGCUGAUUUGUACAUCGGCUCACCGACGGAUUUCUCCGGCCAGGAUAACGCGAUCUAUCGGCUGCCUUUGGCCACCGUUGGCGCUAAUAACGGAAGCCCGUCUCAUCCGCCGCACAACAAGGGCCGUUUGAGGACGAUGCAGUACAACGCCAAGUGGCUGAACGUGCCCGAAUUCGUCGGCUCCGUCGAAGCCGAUCAUUUCGUUUACUUCUUUUUCCGCGAGGCGGCCGUCGAGUACGGCAAUUGCGGCAAGGCCGUCUACUCGCGGGUGGCCCGAGUCUGCAAAAACGAUUUGGGCGGGGGCCAGCUGAUGCUGAAAGACACUUGGACGUCGUUCUUGAAAGCGCGAUUGAAUUGCUCGCUGCCCGCCGAAUAUCCGUUCUAUUACGACCACAUCCAGAGCGUCUCCUACCUGGAAGAAGAGCGUCUCUUUUACGCCACGUUCACCACCUCAGAGAAUUCAAUUGCCGGAUCGGCCGUGUGUUCUUUCACGCUCGAUUCGAUGCAAGAGUCUUUCGCCGGCCCGUUCCGAUGGCAGUCGGGCCCGACGUCGACGUGGGAGAGCGUCCAUUCGAGCCACACGCAUUCGCAUUGCAAUUCGCAUCAUCAGAGCCAUUCGUCUUCGUUGCAUCCCAGUACGAGUAGCUCGUUAUUGGAAGCCGAAAAGUACCAGCUGAUGGAUCGAGCUGUCCAGCCAACUGCCAGGCACGGCAAGAACGGACUCAGCCCGCUCAUUCGGCUCGAUUUAGAACGUUUCAGUCACAUAGCCGUCGACGUGGUGGCCACCAAAAUCCACUCGUCCGUUCACGUUCUCUACGUGGCCAGCGCUCGGGACGGCCUCAUACGCAAGUACUCUGUCUUGCCCAGGACGCAGGAAGCCUGUCUCGUCGAGAUCAUUGAUCCUUUCAAGUCGUCCAGCCAACUGGCCGACCGCCAGAUUAAAACGAUGCAGUACCUCAGACAGCAAAACGCGCUGUACAUAGGCACGGAGAAUGAGGUGAUCCGGUUGGGCGCCAGCCAGCGGUGCAAGCGGUUCACCACCAAGACGCAGUGUCUCAAUUCCAUGGAUCCUUAUUGCGGUUGGCAGUCGGUGCAGGAGGAGUGCACGCCACCGCCCAACAAGAAUCCGCUCGUCUCUUAUUGGCAACAGAGCAUCACCAGCUGCCCCAUACUCAACGCUGCAGUCGACGGUGGUUGGGGAGAAUGGAGCGAAUGGGCGCAGUGCGCGCACACCGGGGAAGGCGCCCAAGGAGAUCGCUGUUCCUGCCGGCAGCGCCACUGCGAUCGACCGGCACCCGCGCACGGGGGCCAGCGGUGUUUGGGCCACGGUCACGAAGUCACCAAUUGCACCCGACACGGCGGAUGGACCGAAUGGUCGGCCUGGUCGGCCUGCUCGCAGACGUGCGGAUUGGCGGUCAAGACACGUCGACGAUCGUGCGGCAAUCCGGAGCCAGCCUUCGGCGGAAGACUUUGCGUCGGUCCCGAUCGCGAUGAGAUUUAUUGCCCCAGCAAUCCGCCGUGUCCGGUCAAGUCGAUCCCUCCGAUCGACGGCCAGUGGUCCGAUUGGGGCGACUGGAGCGAGUGCACAGCGUCGUGCGGAGGAGGAUUCCGCUCGCGAUUGAGGCGAUGCGAUAACCCGCCUCCGCAGCACGGCGGAACGGAUUGCUCCGGUUGCGGUGUCGAAUACCAAACUUGCAAUGUCCACUCGUGCUCCGAAGCUAAGAAAGUCACCACCUGGACACCGUGGCUGCUGGCCAACGACACGGAUCUCGGCCGCAUUGAGAGGCGGUUCCGUUUCUCUUGCAAGGCGCCUGUCGACACGAACCUCCUCAAAGUGGGCGCUAUGAAACUGGAAGAGCGCAUCUGCCAUACGGACGGCACCUGUCUGAGAACAGAUUCCGGGAACACGGAAGGCGGUUGGUCUGAAUGGUCAGACUGGACGGAAUGUUCUCGCCAAUGCGGAGGAGGACGUCAACAGCGGACGAGGAGCUGCGACGGACCCGGUUACCUCCGAUCGUCCGACUGUGACGGUCCCACUUUGAUGGAGCGCGUCUGCAAUCUGCAGCCAUGCAAAGGCGUGUGGAGUUGCUGGACCGACUGGUCGUCGUGUUCCGUCACGUGCGGACAAGGUACACGGUCCCGUUCACGGACCUGCUCGGUGGAAGGCGGUGACGACUCUGCCGCCAUCAACGAAUUGGACGUCGAAGGAUGCGUCGGUCCGUCAGAAAUGAAAGAAUAUUGCAAUAAUCCCAGCUGCGAACCAACAGAAGGAUGGGACGCUUGGUCGUCGUGGUCGCUUUGCGAUGCGGACGGUAUGCAAAUGCGGAGGCGCAGAUGCCUGGUCGGCGAUCUUGGACUCGGGACCGCGCCAGGAUUGUGUCAGGGGCGUAGCCAAGAAGAGCGUGUUUGCAUCACUAAUCUAGAAGACAAUACGUUGGCGGUGGCUUCGCUGAACAGCUUCGAUCAGUCGCCGAAGGGAGUGAUAAUCGGUGCGGUUAUCGUGGGCAUCUUUGGCGGCUUGUUGCUGACUCUAGCCGUCCUGAUUGUAUGCCUUCGCGCAAAGGACGGCCAGCUGGAUCUCGGUCGGUUCGGCACAAUAGUAGGGGGCAGUAAGCCACGGAUACCAUCCAGUCCGCACUACUUGUCGGCCAAACAACAGAAUCAUUAUGUCUCUGUAGGAUCACUCGAUUGGAAAAAAUCGAGCGUCGUCGAGGAAGUCGGUGGUGGCAACGGCAGUUUGAGCACGUUGGGCCGCGGACUACGGCCGCCUCCACUCAAAAUCAGCAACAGCAACGUCAGCGACUAUCCGACGGCGACCAUCAAGCGCAACAGUGGCGGACACAAUCAGAUGAGAACCAACAUCGAAGCCGACAUAAUGUACCGUUGAUGAUGGUUUCUAAAAGGACACAAGCUGGCACUGUCUCUCUCUCUCUCUCUCUUUUAUCUCUCUCAAUCUUUUCAAUCGAGGUGAUAUGACUUUUUAUAAGGAAAUGGGGAAACAUUUGAUGUUCACAUUGAUUUUGAAAAGUUGGAUUGAUUGAACGUCCAUUUCGUCGUUUGCUGUUGCUUUUGAAUUGUUUUGCUAACCUCGUCAAAGAGUAUAACCAAGUCAGAUUGUGAAAUUGACUCUUUUAUUUUUCUAAUGUUGUGGGAGAUGUGCGUGUGUGAAUGUGUAUACGCGGAUGUUCGACUCGAGUGUUACCUGUACAUUUUAAAACUACAUAUUUUAAUGACUAUCAUGCAAUACUCUGACGUUGUUGUUUGUUUGUUUUUUUGCUUGUUGAUUUGCGCUUGUGCUGUCUGUACAUACAUUGAAAUUGUUUGUCACAUGUUUUCGUCUGACGCCACUUAAGUAUCCUCUAAGACGGUUCAUAGCCAGCUCAAAACUUCAUCCAUUCGUAUAUUUUGGCUUUUUCAUGUACAAAAAAAAAACAAACAAAAGAAAAAUGGUAAAAAACAAAAAAAUAAUUAGAGUUGUACACAUUAACAAUAUUAUGUCGACAUUUAUCAUACUAGAUGGAGUAACCUACAUACCUGACUAAUCGCCUUAAUCGAAUAAAUUUUUAUUGUUUAUUUCUAGUAUUUAGCUAAUGAAACGGGAUUGAUGUUCAAUCAUCCGAAUAACCUCAAACUAAAAAACAAACGACGUACACGUCCGAGCUCGUUGUAAGACUCGUGUACCAUUGGUUAAAACAAAGCUAUUCGAAGGCUAUACAAAUCAACAACUUUUUCGACAAAAGUUUCGGUGAAUAUCAUGUGCCAUAAUCAUAUCGUGUGACAUUUAGUUUUACUUGAUAUACUUUACCUGCAAAUGACGUAUCUAUCAAGUAUUGCGUGAAUCGUGUGUACGAUUGAUCAAUUUCGUUUUUCCUUUUUAUUUGUGUGUGGACGUGUUCCAUGUCGCUUGCCUUUGACGUUGUUGUGGAAAAUACAGCACAGUGCCCCCC